GACAGAUACGCUUUCACCGCAAUUCAGGUCACGAUGAUUUCAGGCAUCACUGUCGACCCAAAGCUUCGGCUCAAGCACCUUCUCGACCAAAAUGAGGUAGCGCUUGCCACCUUCGUGACCCUUCAAGGAUCACGAGCGGCACAGGUGAUCGCUCACACCGGACUUGAUGCUGUCAUAAUCGAUCAGGAACAUGGCCACAUUGGUGAUUCUGAAAUGCACGACAUGGUUGUUGCCGUUUCCGGAUCUGGCGUUUCACCUAUCGUACGAAUAGCCGGGCUCUCUGGCAUGUUGAUCAAACGAGCUUUGGAUACAGGGGCUCAUGGCAUCAUGGUACCCACGGUCAACAGUGCUGAAGAAGCCCGCUCGGCCGUGUCCUGGGCCAAAUUUCCUCCGGUGGGUGUCAGAGGUCAAGGGUCACCUUUCGCAUGUUUUGAGCAUGGACUAGCAACCCCAUCAGAGUAUGUAGCAAAAGCAAACGCGGGCAUCAUAACAAUGAUCCAGAUAGAGACAAGGGCUGGAGUUGAGAAUAUUGAUCAGAUUUGUGAGGUGGAAGGCGUUGACCUUCUAUUCAUUGGACCGAAUGAUUUGGCACUCGCGCUACUUGGAUAUACACCUGCCAAAUAUACCGAGACGUGCUUUCUUGAAGCUAUCGACAAAGUAGUCGAAAGUGCGCACAAGCACGGGAAGAAGGUCGGCAUCUUGUCGGUGGAUGGGGAGGCUGCUAAGAAGGCAAAGGAGAGGUUCGACAUGGUAGUACUGAGCAACGACGUGAGGUCACUGCAAGCUUGGUAUAGCAAAGAGUUGAAAUUGGCACGGUCUUGAUAUAGACAGCCUCCCAUCUCCGUAGGCUGAGAUAUAUUAGAUCGAGAAAGGCCACGACUACUUUUACUACUCUUUCACGCUUUAUUCUUAUAGGGAC